GCAGGAGUCAGCUGUCUACCAGCUUAAAGGGGAGGGGCUGUGGUUGCGCAAGUCAAAUUGAACUGCUUUGUCCCUCUGUGCUCUCCGUCCGAAAACUUGAGCCGAGGGAGUCCUAGGUAUGGCGGCCUUUAGGAUGGGAAAGUUGACAGCCAUGCCUGCAGGUCUGAUAUAUGCAUCUAUAAAUCUACAUCUGGCCAAAGAAGAGGAACCCAAAAAGCAGCUAGUGAGACCAGACCAGCUUCCAAUAUAUACUGCACCACCUCUCCGUUCUAAAUAUGUUGAAGAACAGCCAGGUUAUUUACAAAUGACCUUUGCAUCUAUCCGUACUACAACUCUUCGUUAUGUUGGCUGGUGCAAGUAUGUUUAUGUCUUUAUGAAGAAUGGGAUAAUGGAUACAGUACAGUUUGGAAAAGAUACAUAUAUCUAUCUGAAGAACCCUCCUCAAGAUUUUCUGCCCAAAAUAGGAGUGAUUACAGCUUCAGGACUGGCAGGUUUGGUUUCAGCAAGAAGAGGUUCUAGGUUUCAGAAGAUUACUUAUCCUCUAGGGCUGGCCACAUUAGGAGCAGCUGUUUGCUACCCAGCUCAGUUAGUAAUAAUUGCAAAGAUAACUGGGAGAAACGCAUAUGAUACAAGCCAACAAAUUUAUCAAGCCAUUAAGUCAUUGUGGACAAAAAGCAGUGAAAAACAAUCACUCCCUGAACCAAAAGAAGAAACUAAGGCAGGAAGGUCUGGUGACAUACAUGCCAAAACGGUGUCUUUGCCAAAAGAAUUUGCUUCUGUGACAAAGAUGAAAUCAGAAUCCACCUCAGAUAAAACACAGUUUAUGCCUGACCCUAAGCUCAUGGAUCAUGGGCAGUCUCAUCCAGAGGAUAAAGAUAUGUACAGCACUAGAAACUGAAACAGAUUGAAGAGAGGGCCUGCAUAGAGGGCCGCAUGAUGUACCAAAUUCAAACAAUGGUGAAAAAUCAUGUAUCGAAUGGGUAACUUACAGAGAUUGACUGUAAUUUUUCCCGUGACAUUUUCAAAUAAACAGUUUGGCUUAUGAUAUGUUAAAACACAAAUUAUUGAAUGCAACACAAAUAAUUUUAAGUGAUUGAUAAGGGAACUAAAGUAGAAAUAUUAGGAUUACAUAUUAUGACUUGUAAGAGAAUUUAUUAGAAAGCAAAAUAAGGUGAAGGUAUGUCAGUAAGACUAAAAAUCUGAAAAUAUGCAUAGAUAACAUAUGUAUAUACAUACUUAUACAUAUGUAACUUCUUCAGUUUUCCCAAUUAUUACCAUUUAACUUAGAAUUGUAGAUAGAAGGAUGUAUUUUUCUCUACUUUUUUUUCCAGAGGUGGAAUAAAAUAUCCAUGUUUUAUGGCACAUGA